UUUCACAGUGCUGAGGAGCGGCAGGCAGAAACAUUGCAUGAUGUAUUUCCAAAAAGCAGACGAGGCCUCGCGGCCAUUCGGAGGAUGUGAAUGAUUGAUGGCGCCACUAACAGCCGAGUUGUGUGACUGUGAUCCGGUCUGAACCGGACGAGUCCACUCUGGUACCUGAACUGUCCCGGCCCGCUCGAACACUCCGCAUGAGAUACGAUGUGAGAGAAUAUGAAAUGUGAUAUUAUACUGUAUGUACAGAAGAGAAGUGUCCAGAAUCAUCUUUCUUCUCCAGAAUUUCCCUUCAUACUUUUCACACUUUAUUUCACAAAAUCUGUAUUUUUUUCCAGAAUUCCGACUUUAAACUCAGAAGUUGGAAUCUCUGAUCUCUUCUGUAGAUAUAUGUACAUGAGAUGAUGUAAUAUAUGAUACGUUGCCAUGGCAACAGUCUAUUGAUGAUGUCACCGUGGCGAGCAGCAUGUACAAGCCUCACACUUUCACACGUUGUCCUUCUCUGAACACGAUUGGAUGUUUUGUUGCCACACGGUCGCAGCGCUGAGCUCUGAUUGGUGCACUUUUUUGAAAAAGGGCAUUUUAUGUGUAGAAACAGUUUUAUGAGCUGAUGUCUUCAGCUCACGGGCCAAUCAGAAGAGGCGGGGUUUAUGUUUAUAUCUGACCAAGGCCAACCUGAUGAUGUCAUCAGCAGGCUCCGCCCAAUCAGUAUUGCAGCAGUGUCUCCAGCGUUGUGAUUGGUUCUUAUGUUGACAGCUGAUGAAGUUUUGGUGGUUUUAAACUUUUUUUUUUCCUGAGGUCAGAUGUGGAACACCUCUGGUUCUGUGGCACGCCAUCGAUCUGUAUGAUUAUUGAUUAUUGGUUACUGAUUGGGAACUUUUCUGUGAUGCACCUGGACACAAAGUAUUUGUCUUAAACUCUCCACAUGAAUCAGAUCAGCUUGUUUGAUCAGGCUCCUCUGGAACUCAUCUUAGGGUUUCAUUAUUGUUUUGGAUUAUUGAUUAUUUUUAUUUUGAAUUCUUUAGGUCACAGUUUCGACUUUAUCACAACAACAACAGUUCUGCGUCCAUGUUUCCAGUUGAGGCUGAUAUUUGGACAUGUCUCUCGUGAUGUGUUGAGGGAACCUGGGAAUCAGGACUCUCGCUGAUGACAUCACAGACACACUCUGACUGUUUCUCACAGCGUCACCAGCGUCCUGAUUCCUGCUCUGUGCUGCGUUCAGGUGUCAUCUGAUGGGAGGGUUAGUAACAUGUUAACACUGCCCUGCUUCCUUUACACUGAAAUCACUGCCCCGAAAACCGUGAGCUGUUUUUCUCCGACCUCGUCUGAACGUCACGCUGUAGUUCAGGACUCGCUGCUCGUCUCCUCAGCACAAACAAACAUUAUUAAUCAAGAUUCAUAUUAUUUAAAUACAUUUAAACUAAUGAUUUUACUUUCCUGAUGAUUUUCUCCUGAAUCCUUCAGUUCGGUUUCACUUCAUUUCUUCUGAAAUCAACUUGCACUAAAACAUGUUUAAAACAGCGGUUUAGUCCUUUAAUGUUUGUUCAGAGGCGUCGCUGCACUGCCCUCACCGACCUUCUUCUUCUUCUUCUUCUUCUUCUUCUUCUUCUUCUUCUUCUUCUUCUUCUUCUUCUCUUCCUCGAACCCUUUACUCGUCUCAGACGUUACUGACCGAGUUUCCCAAAAACAUCCGGAUCAUCUUGUGGUUUACAACGACGCCGCUCAGCCCUUCAAAAUAAAACACCUGAAGUUCAAACACUGCCUUCAUGAUAAUAAACGUGUGGAAAACACUUUGUACAGCUGACACUGCAGGAGAGAAACUACGGAAGCUUGUUUGUGCCAUAAUUGUUACUUUGCACAGAUUUGACAUUUCUGCACAGAGAUACAAAACUUGAUUACAAAGUCGUUUCCAUCCUGAGACCAGAGAGAGAAAUACAUUCAAAAAUUAAUAAAUUCAUGAAUGUGACUGAAGUGAAGUCGACACUUUGACAUUUUCACACAAUUCUGACGUCUCCAAAUUUGCAAAAUGUCAAAAAUGUAAUUUCUUCUUUUUACAACUUCUCUCAGAAUUCAGGCUUUUUUUUUCUCAGUCAUGGGCAAAUAAAAAAUAAAAAGUUAUAAUAAUAAUAAUAACGCAGAUUUAUAUCUGAAAUCAGGGAUCAAAACAACAAAAUGUUAAAGACCGUAUGUUUAAAUGUAAAUGAAGUAAACGAAUGAAAACUGAAGCACUUUAAGAAAUAAAAGAUUCAACGCAGCAGGAAGAGAAGUGAUAGUCGGAUUAUUGGUUUGGUUCUUGAAUGCAUCAGAGAUUAAAUUCAUGUAAAGAUGAUUUUUGGGGAAGUCGGUCGCUCCCAUCAGACGACAUCACACUGAGAGGGUGAAGGAGGCGGAGUCAGGGUGGGCGGGGCUGUAGGGGGAUGACUCUUAUUGGCUGCCACAGCCCAGGUGUUUUCACUUUCUUUUCUCUGAGGUUUAUCGUUUUGGUUUCUUUGUUCUGCUGGUUGGAUAAAAUGGACGAACGGACCGAAGGAACGAACCAAUCACAAUCCACCGUACUGCCUCUGAGAAAGUCUUCCAGUUUUGGGGGGUCGUUAAAUGUUUGUGACGAGUGAAUGAGCUGUUGAUGUUUCUACAGAACCAAACCACUCGGCAGGAAUGUGUCCACACGAGUGUCCUCUCUACCAGGUCUACUUCUACAGGUCCACUCAAACACAGGCUGACACCAUCAGAACCGCUGCUGAACCGUCAGGAAGACCCGCUUUAUUAGUGGGAAAGUGAAAAAUGUUUCUCGGAGAUGUCAGAAUGACCUUCAGACAUUUCAGUCUCUUUUCUUUAAUUUGGAUCUUUUUCACAUUUUACUUUGAUCUCUGCAGACGAUCAGAGUUCAGACUGAGAGAUCCAAACAGACGAGAGAGUGAAACAGAAUCAGAGUCUCUGUGACGAGAUCGAAGCUUCAGCCGUGAGCUGAACCAGGACCAGGACCGCUGUACAAAAAGUUCUGACAUUCAGAGUCCAGAAUGGAAUUUGUAAAUUCACCUUUAAAAUCAUUUGAUCAAGAUUUGAGAACAAAUUCAGACACAAAUAAGUCAGAACUUUAAUGUAUUCUAUAAAUUAAAGUUCUGACUUUGAACUUCCUCUCUCUUCGUCCACCGCUGUGACAUCACCGUGACGUCACUGUGAGGUCACUGUGAUGUCACUGCAGCGUGUUGUAAAGUGGUGAACAGCUCCAGGUUGUGAUUACCUGUGUGAGCCACACGAGGGCGCCAGAAGAGCAACACAUUCUACAUGAGAGGAUUCUGCUGUCAGUGGAUGAAAAAGUAAAGAAGUGAAAAAUAUCUCACAGAUUCAUCGUCAUCGUCCUUUAACUGUCUUUUCUACAUAAAACACGAGUUCACUGGUCCAGCAGACUCACAACGGUUCCUGCUGUUUCUGUGUCUGUCUGCACCUGAAGGCAGCGCCAGAACUAGACCAUGUAGAGAGGACACGCCACAGUCAAAGUCUGUGACUGAGAGAGCAGCAGGUCGGCUCCGCCCCCAGACCCCGCCCACAGGCUCCGCCCCUGAUGAGUAUACUUCCUGUUCACUCUUCUCUGUCAGAACCGCCCUCCGGGUCGACCUGCUGGACUUUCACUGUAACUUGAUCCAAAAGCGAUGAGAGACUCGGCGUGUAGGGAGCGCUGUCGCUGCCGCUCAGAGAGGUUCGCAGCACUGCGGACAUCCAGCGGCGCUAAAUGAUGAUGUCAUAACCAAGCGACAGAUUCCCUGUGGCGGGCGGGAGGACGAUGUUGAGACGUGGAGCCUGAACUCUCUUUAUCUUUGUUUGUGUUUGCUGAUGUUUGCACCUUUUCUGACACACCUUCAUAUAACGCAUCAUAUAUUAGAACUACGUCAUCGCAAAUACGCAGCAGGAUGAAAAAGA